AUGGAAGACCGCUCAAAGACCAUGGGGAAGCCUCGAAAGUCAAGCUCUAUUAUACGGUCUUCGGUACGAGGUAGUACACAAUCCCCUUUUACUCCCCCACAGAAGUCGAAGAAAGGAAGACAAACACUCAUCCGGUCUAAAGGCUUCAAGUCUGUGCUGGAUACUGCGCUACAGACUCUGGAGCAACAGGGAAUCUCAAAAGAAGAAAAGGCCUGUUGGGAGGAUUUUAAGAACAUGGUUUUGUCCACCGGCGCGCAGCCCGUUGGCCAUGGGAGCUCUAGAGAACUGCAUCAAAAACUGUAUGGAACCUUUGUGCAUACUGGAGCAGGCCGUUUGGCUCGCAUUUUAGCCUCCGAAUUUCGAAGUUAUCAAUAUGACCAACAGUUCUCUGGUCGUGAAACGGAGGAGAAAGCGUCGGCCGAUUUUAGAUUCCCAGCAGAAUGGUAUCCAGCCGCUCGGAGCCUCCAGCGGAGUAUCCACCUGCACGUUGGGCCUACAAAUUCUGGGAAAACAUAUCAUGCCUUAAAAAAGCUGGAGGCUGCGAAAAGCGGCUUUUAUGCAGGUCCUCUACGACUUCUCGCCCAUGAGGUGUAUUCUCGGUUUAAUGCAAAGGGGAUAUCUUGUGGUCUUAUUACUGGUGAUGAAGUGAGAAUUCCAGGGGGCACUCCUCCUCGACUCUAUAGUAACACCGUUGAGAUGGCCCCCCUUGGCCAAGAAGUUGACGUUGCUGUCAUCGAUGAGAUUCAAAUGAUUGGUGAUCUUCAGCGAGGCUGGGCAUGGACAAGAGCCCUGCUAGGAGCUCCUGCAAAGGAAAUCCAUCUUUGCGGCGAGGAACGGGUAGUGCCAUUAAUCAGUGAGCUUGCUGCGCUCAUGGGCGACAAACUCGAAAUCCAUAAGUAUCAGCGCUUGAAUCCUCUAGUUCCCAUGAAAAAGAGUUUGAAGGGCAAUCUUACUCGGCUGCAGAAAGGUGACUGUGUUGUUUCGUUUUCUCGGUUAGGUAUACAUUCUUUAAAGAAAGAAAUUGAGAAAACCACCGGUCGCAGAGCUGCGAUAGUUUACGGUAGUCUACCUCCGGAAAUCAGAUCCCAACAGGCUGACUUGUUCAAUGAUCCCAACAACGAUUACGAUUUCUUAGUUGCCAGUGACGCUAUUGGAAUGGGACUCAAUCUGAGCUGUAAACGUAUUAUUUUUGAGACAUCCAUAAAAAGGACACCCACUGGCGUGCAACGACUGACGGUGUCACAAGUCAAGCAGAUCGGUGGUCGAGCUGGUCGUUAUCGCAGCGCAGCUGCAGCCAUUGAUAGUAACCUUGCACAAACAUCUUCGCCGUCCCCGAACAACGAUCAAAAUAUUGGAUUUGUCACCUGCCUUGACGACUUCGAUCUUCCUCACAUUCAGCAGUCGCUGCAAUCCGAGGCAGAGCCAAUUACUGCAGCUGGGAUUCUUCCUCUAGAUUCCAUGAUAACUAAUUUUUCAAAUCAUUUCCCUCAAAAUACACAUUUCGAAUAUGUGUUGAGGCGGCUAUGGAAGGUUGCCCAGACCCAUCCGCGUUUCUUCUUAUGUGAACUCCACCCAAAUGCUGUACUCGAAAUUCUAGACAAUGUCGCUGGGCUGAGUGUAUCGGAUAAGCUUGUUUUCUUAUCGGCACCAACGUCGACAGCUGACCAUGAAAGUUCGAUAGCGUUACGAGCCUUUGCAACCUGCGUUGCGCAACAUAAAAGCGGGGCUCUACUUGAUAUUCCAGAACUACAUUUGGAGAUUUUAGAUGCCCCUGUUUCUGGUGAUAAAAACUAUUUACAUUCUUUAGAGUUUCUUCACCGCUCACUGGUACUCUAUCUUUGGCUGAGUUUUAGAGUCGGGGGCAUUUUCACAGAUAGAACUCUUGCCACUCAUGUGAAGGAACUUGUUGAAAUAAAGAUGGAUAGAGCUCUUACCGAGUUCUCAGCCAACUCAGCGUUACGCAAGGCUUCUUCAUUGCGAAAACAGAUUGCUUUGUUAAAGCAAAUGGCCUCUCAAGAAACCCAAAAGCCACAGGGCAGCGCCGACCCAACGCAAGAAACACCAGAUCAAGGCCAAUUGGAAACGCUGGCAACACUCGCAACUUGA